AUGCUGAAUCAUACUGGAUUAGUAGGGAACGGGUCCGACCAAGAUAAACAACGUGCUAAGGAUAUAGCAAUAAGUGACUUGACGAGGUCUGGGGUGGUAGACGUUGAUGUGAUCGGAGUGGCAUUUCGUAGGUUCAAUGGAAGCACUGAUUUGCAGAGUAUUACGUGGCGGAAUCAAAGCGCUCUAAGUCUUAGGUCUAUUAAAUACCUGACGACACUGUUUACAGUUUGGGCUUUAGGUCUCACAACAAACUAUGCCUUGAGGUCAUUCCAGGGAACUAAUGAAUGGAAGUGCCAUCUGUCAUUAGAUGAUGAUGGCGAUAUCCCUGAAGAAUUUUACGGUUAUGCCGGUGAAAUGGCAUGUACUGCAUGUUUUUACACAAACCCUGAUUGCUAUGGCCCUGGCUAUAAGGGUUAUGAAUUCUACUACGAUGAGGAAUACAAAAUGGCUGACAUUGGUAGUUAUGACUCAGUAUAUGUUAAAUGCAGACAGGGCACAAGCGGGCCACCUAGUCAUCACGACUGUCCAGGAGCUACUAGCGCUGCAGAAUUAGGGUCAAUUUAUUAUGGGUACGAUUAA